AUUUUUUUUUGAACAAUUUUGCACAAGCAUGUCUCUGUCCUCUAAUACAAAACAUGGUAACUAGCGAAUCAGUGCACACAUUACAUCUCAAAUAUUUAUAAAAAACAAAUAUAAAAAUCUUUUUUGUUUAAUAUGCAGGUCACUUCUUCUCCAUUGCAUCUCAAGUCAGUGAUCAUAAAACAAAUGCAAAGCAAAUGAUCUCCAUCAAUGUUACAUGGGGGCUUAAUUGUACAGAUGACCUAAGAGAAUUAAGAAUGAAGUGGGAGCCUGAUAACCCUUACUACAGUAAAAUGUGUUCUGGUCAAGCUUCUUUAACUAAUAUUACCUGCAGCUAUGUGAUUCUACUACAAGGAGAAUGUAGCACAUUUUUGCUUAAUUAUACAGGAGAGAUUUAUGGUAUAACUAGUAAGCAGAAAACCACAAAGGCCCAACAAUUUCAGUUUGCUAUUUCACAGUAUACAACAGAAAUAUCUAUCCUACCGACUAAUGGAUAUUAUUCUGCUCCCAACCUGACAGUUAUAGCUGUCGUUGUUGGUACUGGUGUUGUACUUGGUAUACUCCUAGUUGGUUUGGUAUUUGGAAUAUUAAGACGAAGAGGUGCUCCACUUAUUAGACUUGAAAACCGUCCUGUUGUCAGUGAAAGUGAUACAGAGGAAAUACUAUCAGAUCCAAUCAAAGUGCUCAUACUACAUGCAAGCUGUUGUAUGUCCUGUAAGAAGGUGAUUUACUGUCUAUGGGAUGUGCUGGACUCCACGAACUUGUUUGAUGUGAGGUUAGACAUUUUGAGUGAGCCUAAAGUGAAUGAAAACCCACUAAGAUGGUAUGAAACACAAGUCAAACAGGUUUCUCGCGUCCUAUUAGUGACAUCAACACUUAUGCAAAUAAAGGAUCAAAACCUAGAAGAAAGGACCACAACUGAGAGCGACUAUGUGAGUAUAAGAUGUCAACUGAACUUAUUAAGAGGUGAAUUUUGUACCACAAGAGACACUUCAAAGUGCAUCCCUGUUUACAUGGACUACAGUGGCAGCAAAGAGGAUAUACCUAGAUUCUUAUCUAUGUGUAGAACUUAUAGACUUGGUCGUGACCUUGAAAAAGUAAUACUCCAUUUGCUUGGCAUAAGUGCAAUCAGAAGACGCUCAAGAAAGCCUCUUGUGCAGGUGUCAUCAGAAAACCACCCAUUCAAUGUCAAAAGGGAAGACUUUGAAAAAGCAAUAAAAGAUGCUGAAGAGUUUCACAAACAAAUGCCCAAUACAUUAAACAGGAAUAACUUACAAGAAAAUUUUGUUGUAUAGGUGAUUUUGAUUAUUAAGAAUGACCAGAAAAAGGCAUGGUUGCCAUUUUGGUUGAUGUAACAAGACUACUGACAGACCUUGUUAAAUUCAACCAAAAAGAAAUCCAUGAAGACUUACAGUAGCACAAGUAGAGUACAAACACUAAUUGUGUAACAUAAAUACUACUAAAUACUGCUUAAUUAUGCUAAUCCUAAUCUUUUCCAUUGUUUAAUUAGCACUGUUUACUACUAAAUAGUGCAAAGUGUUGCACUCUAUUAAGAGAAUUUUCCAAAAAAAAAUAUCCAAAAGUUAAAAAAAUGGUCGUAUCUUUCAUGCAGGUUCUAUUUUUCUGCAGAAAGAAAAGCGAUACGUUUUGUUUUUAAAAGAAAUAUCAUAAAGCAAAAUCUUAUGUUCCAAUAAUUUUGGAAGCAGAUCAUUUACCCACAUCAAGUCAGACUUAACUUUAUUUUACACAAUACUCGUUUGGUGCUUUCCAAAAAAUGGUUUCAUUUGACCUGUGAAAUAUGCAUUGAUUUAUUAGAGGAAUUGUUCUGGGGGRCAAAACAAUAGGCCAUCUUUUCCUAUGCAAAAAAGAUCCAUUGUUUCAUCCCCCGACUUUGGUGACUCAGUGUGCAAGGGGUCUAUUAUUCAAUUGAUUUAAGUAAAGAAUUUGGCUUUACUUUAUGGAUUCAGCGUUUCUUCACUCACGACUACCCCUUACCCAUCAGGAGUCUCCAUUUUUAGCAUCCUUGACAAAGAAAUAGUUGUUUCACAGGUUUGAUGCGAUCAAAUGCCUCCAAUGCCUUCUAAACAAUAUUCAAACUAAAUCAUUUAACCAGAAUGGUUAAAAAGUAAUUAAACUAUUCAAAGUUACUCAAGUUUGUUUAUACCCUGGCUCAAACAUUCCACUCGAAAAACCUUUCAAGUUUGACUUUCUUUGUACAUUCUGUCAGCAAUUUCAAACAUGCCUUACAUAUACUGAAACGCAAAUUCUUGUUAUAUAUUAUUCGCAUACUUCUAUACACAGGCUUUUGCCGUGAAACAAAAUUUUACAUGCCUUAUUCAGUAAACCAUUUUGUUUACCAACUAGCAUUUCAACAAUGGUCAAUCAAAGAACUGCAAUAAAAACAAUACCUUAACUGAGAUUUUGGAAUGAAUUACAUUAAUUUUAGAGGAUUAAAAUAUUGGAAUGAGUUACAUUAAUUUGAGGAUUAAAAUAUUUAAUUCAUUGUAAAAUCUCCCUCAAGGUAUGUAUUUUUUAUUUUAUUCUUUUCCAGUUAUUUGGUUUGACUAGCAAGACAUCAAACUUUAAGGGUCACACUUCUGCAAUUACAGUAGUAACGUGCAAAAGCCCAUGCAUAACACAGAUAAGAGUAUGCAAAUACAUUAUUGCCAGUCAUACUUUUGCACAUCUCACUGUAAAGUAAUUACAACAAAUUAAUGAUAAUGACAAAUAUAUAUAUACUGUAUAAUAUAUUCAGAACAAUAAACACAUUUAAGUUUCAAAA